AUGUCCGUAUUGGACUUAUUGCCAAACUCUGUGAGCGGUGUCUACUUCAUUUAUCACCAAGACUACGUCAAAUGGAGUUUCGGCAAGUUGAGUGCGUGUAGGGAAGCUGCUUUGGCGAAGGAAGGGGGUUACCGAUAUUACAAUAUGGGGUAUUACAUACAAUCUUGCCCAAAGAUGCUGUAUAAAAUGGAAUACAGUCCCUCUGAUCUUUUAGAUCCUGAGACAUACGAGUGGAAUCCUCUCAACGACGAUCUGAAAAAUCUCCUGAACAAAAGCAAAUAUGUUUGCCCAUCAGAGGUCCGAGCUAGAAUGCAGUCGGGUGACAAUGUAGUGACAAAUGAUAAGGCGAAGGGGACUGAGGAACCAGGAGAGGAAGAGGAGGAUGAAACAAACGAAGAGAAUGCCGAGGUUCAAGAUCCCGGUUAUGUUUUUAAGACCAAAAUGCCUGGUCUAUUGACGGAGCGCCAACUGAAGGAAUUCGAUGUUGGGAAUGUCAAUAUUGACGUUGCAGGCACCAGGGCACAAGCAAAGGAUCUGGUUGGGUUCGAAGACGAUACUGUUAUACACUCACUCCUAAAAGAGACUGUGGCUACAGUUGGAAUAGAAGUUGCAAAAGAGAUGAUCAUUACACUGGGGUAA